AUGUGCAAACAUAUUUUAAACGUUUAAGUCGCAAUUAGAGCCCCAUGCUGUAAAAAGUGGUUUGACUGUGCUGAAUGCCACAAUGAAACUCAAGAUCAUGAAUUAAAAAAGGCUUUAGAAAUGGUUUUUGCUUGCAAAGUUUGCAAAAAAGUCUUUAGAAAAGAUUUGAAGGACUUCGAUGAAUGCGAUGAAUAUUGCCCUCAUUGUGAUAAUAAAUAUAUUCUCGAUGCAGUUACUAAGGAAGAUAAAGAUUCUUGA